UUCUUCUGAUGAAACGCGGUGGAUUGUUUAGUUCCGGCUGUUUUCCCGCCACGAUGAGCUCCACCGCGGCUUUAUUGAUUCUGAUAUUGAGCUCCACCGGAGUUUCAGCAGACUCGAAACAAGAUGCAUCAGCGCCUUCAGCAGACCAAGAAACACCGGCCCAAGCGGCAGUUGCUGGCUCUCACACACUGCAGUACCAACACACUGCUGUCAGAGGAAUAAAUUCCACAGAAGUCAUUGCUGUGGGUCUGCUGGAUGGAGAACAGCUUGUGUUCUAUAACGCCAGCAUCAAGAUGUUAAGGACCAUGUGGAUAUGGAAUAUCAAUGCUUCUUAUGCAGAUUACUACGACAGCGUGACAGAAAAUAUGGAGGAUCAACAGGACCAUUUGCGUGCCGUUAUGAAACCAGCAAUGGAGCUCUUUAAUCACACUGAAGGAGUUCACAUAUUCCAGAGGAUGUACGGCUGUGAGCUUGAUGAUGACGGCACCACUAGAGGAUAUGAUCAGUUUGGUCUUGAUGGAGAAGAUUUAAUAAGUCUGGAUCUGAAAACUGGAACCUACACUGGAACAAAACCUCAAGCUGUAAAACUUGUAAAGAAGUGGGAUCCUAAAGACACUCGUGCUAAAUCCCAGAAGAGCUACCUGGAGAAUGAAUGUAUUGAUCGGUUAAAUACAUUUGUGUCUUACGCCAAUGAGACUCUGGGGAGGAAAGUUCGUCCCGAGGCGUCAGUGUUCCAGAAACACUCAUCAUCUCCAGAGGUGGUGUGUCAUGCUACAGCUUUCUUCCCCAAAGCCCUGAAUAUCACCUGGCAGAAGGACGGAGAGGACCUGAUUGAGGAUGUGGAGCUCACAGAGACGUUACCCAACCAGAAUGGAAGCUUCCAGAAGAGGAGCAUUCUGAAAGUCCCAGCUGAGGAGCUGCAGAAACACAAAUACACCUGCGUGGUUCAGCACAGCAGCUUGGAGAAGGAGUUAGUGCUGCCUGUGAGCGAGCGGCGAAUCCUGAGAGAUGGAGGAUCAGGACGAGGUCGAAUUGGCAUUUUUGCAUCCAUCAUACUCCUUGCUGCCGUCCUUGGCAUUGUUGCCUUCAGUGUCCUCCUCAUUGCUGGAAUCCGCUACAUGAAGAAGUGGUGUGAAAUGAAACAUGAUAAAGUCGAACCCUCUCCUGAACGUAUUCGAAUGAUUGAAGUAUGAGGGAUCUCCUGCCAAAGAGAAGAGUUCUGUUGAAGAAUGUUCCCAGUGUUUAUCAGAACUAAAUCAGUGACUUGUGCCAAAAUGCGCACGUAUAAAAUUAGAGCAUUACACCUGAGUAUUACCCACUGAACAUCAGUUAUGAUGCAUUAUAGCAGGGCUUGAGAUGGUUCAUACCCAUUUAUACCCAUUUUAAAGUGUAUGAACCGUCAUUGUCCCUUUUUAUGAAGCAGGUCUUGUAUUUUACUGACUUGGUGACAUGGCAGUGGUGUGUGUGUGUGGGCACAGGGCAAGAAAAGUAUAUAUUUAAUUUAAAAACUUCAAGACCUUAAAUGCAUUCAAGCUUUUUAUAACAUUACCAAGGAACAGAAUUCUUUAUCGUUCUGUUAAGACCAUUUUAAAUCUAUUUGGUAUUUUAACAGGAAAACAGAGUAAAUGUCCCAGAACAAGCAAAGUUUACUGUUAACAGCCUGCUUUAGAAUUUACAAUAAUUUGUUUGCGAGUCCUACUAAUUAUAAAUUAACUUAUUUAUCAAGCACAAGGUUUUAUGUUUGCCUCGUGUAUAAAAACACCCUUCAACGCGUUCCCUCUUAACGUAUGGGCAUAAGGUUUUAUAUCAGUCACAUGUCCAAUCUCAUUUCUCCUAAUAAAAUUAAGAGAUAAUAUACAUAAGAAAUAUUAAAUUAUAAAUCUCCAUAGAAUAUUUCUGUAAAAGUCCCUGUUUGUCCUGUUUUGUUCCCCAUUUAGUCUAAUACUUUUAUAUUUCACUCUGAUCAGCUGCAUCACUCUGUGUACCUGCACUAACAGCUGGAUGUAUUUAAUUUUUAAAAAGAUCAAAUCAUAAUAGUUCUAAAAGGCGAGUGUCAAAGGAUCAUGGAGAUCUAUAAUAUGAGCUUUACACUUACAGCAUUACAGAUCCAGGGUUAUUGUAGUAAACUAAGACAAACAAAUUUUCAUAAACUGAAAUACAGUAAUUUACUAGGGGUGUGCAAAAAUAUCGAUACGGCGAUAUAUCGCAAUACUUUGUCUUCCGAUUCAAUAUCGAUACUCAAUUUGAAUAUCGAUAUUUUUUUCAAAUAAUAAAAUUGUUUCAGACGGGUUGUAAAUCCAGUACGACUUCCGCACCUCCGCUCCGCGAGGUGUCGCUGUGCCGCUACCUCACUGCAAGGCACUCUUCGUCUUCUCUUUUUUUUUUCCCCGGUGGUUGCAGUGAGGAAAAAAAAAACAGGCAAGCAUGGCUGUUAACAUAAACCUAGAGACGCCGCCGAACUUUAAGGCAGAUGUUUGGAGGCACUUUGGAUUCCAAAGGAAAGGAGAAAAAAAAACAGUGAGCCGGACAAAGAGGAUGCACUUUGCAAAACCUGUUUUGCUCCAAUUAAAUUAAGAUGCUCCAAUUAAGAUGCACACUGCACUUUUCAAUGUGUUUCAGACAGUGUGUUGUUCCUGCAAAAUAAGCACAAGUUAAAUGUUCUCAGCAGGGUCUCCGCGGAUCCUUAAGUCUUAAAAAGUCUUAUUUUUAAUAUGUGUUUAAGGUCUUAAAAAGCAUUAUAUUUCGCUAUUUUUUGAGCUAUGGUAUUAAAUUUCACAUGGGAGGUAUUAAAUUUCAUCCGGGUAGCCUACGGUAAAUGAAAAAAAAAAAAACAUAUGUCUGGAAUUUUUUACCGCGCUAACGUUAUUUAUUCAACCAGCGUCGUUUGUUAUCAAGAUGCUGAACAAGUAGCACAAGAGCCGUUGUGUGUCUAGCACUAGUUCUAAUAGCGCAGGAACCACGCCACAGGGGGCAGUGUGUUCUUUUAUCCAUGUAGUAGAACCAUUGAGAGUAGAGCAGACGAGGAAGAAGUGGUUGAACUUGAACAUGAACGGAGAUGGGGAAGUGUAAGUUUAGUAACAAGUGGCUUGAGGAGCCAAAAUACAAAAGUUGGCUAACAACAGCAACUUCAGAAUAUGAAGCGAGAUGUAAGGUAUGUCGGAAAGACAUCAAGUUAACAACAAUGGGCUGUAAAGCCCUUGACGCUCACUCGAAAGGGGAAAAGCAUAUGCGCUAUGCUGCUAGUCGGGCAACAACAGUCCCCAUGCCAAUGUUCGCCUCUACGGUCACAAAAAGUGCAACGCCAGCUUUAGCGUCUCCGGGUCCCAGCACAAGUGCUUUCGCGGCAUUCGCCCCAACCACUACGAUGAAGGCAGAAAUACUGUGGGUUCUGCAGAAGAUGCACUUUAUUAAAAAAAAUGCUUUGAACUUAACCUAGAGUGUGCUUUUUUUUUUUUUUUUUUAAACUGUACGUAUUUGUUCCGUGGUAGUGGUCUUAUUUUUUAUACUCAGUGGUCUUAAAAUGGUCUUAAAAAGUAUUAUUUUUGCUGGUCAGAAAUGUGCAGAGACCCUGUCUCAGGUAUAUGUUCUCAAGUUUACAAAGAACAAACUGAUAUUAGUGUUAGCACUGAAAUGUAUGUGCAGUCUGCAGUGCAAGUUUUAAGUUUUCAUAAAACAAUUUGAUUCUGCUUGUUAAGCAGCACUGAUGUGUCCAUGCUUACAGAAAAGUUGAGAAUACUAGCACAGAAAUGGGAAUUUUCUGUAUGUUGUAGUGAAGCAACUCUUGGUUUUGCCAGCAGUGGAAUAGAGACACAUAUGUCUGGCAAGAGUGUGUAGUUAUGUAUGUGAAAUGUAAUUUUACAGUGGUCAAUAAAUUCUGAUUUUCUUCAGUGACGCAGAUAUUGUGAUAUGGUUGAAAUUUCUUGCAAUAUAUCGAUUAUCGCAGAAUCGCUGUACCGUGAUAUCGUUAUCAUGGGCAAAAUAUCGCCAUAGUAUCGUGAGGUAUCUGGUGGUACCCAGCCCUAUAAUUUACCCAAAAAAAUUUAAAACUAAAAAAAAAAAAAAAAAAAAUCUCGUUUCAAGUCAGUAAAUGGCCUACAGUGACCUCCCAAAACAUGCCAGUAAAUGGUGUUGUACUGGGCUCCAGUAAAUGCACACUACAGAUGCAGUAAGUUGUGCUUACAACAUGUACUUCAUGUAUUUACAUUUUAUCUGUAUGCGUCAUGGUAUGGCACUUUUUUAAUUUUUUGAAUGUCUUUUUGUGAUGUACUGUGACUGUUUGAAAUGUGAAAAAAAAAUGAAGUGACCUUGCACAGAUUACAUAACUGUUUAUCUUAAUGAAGGAUUGUUUACUGAUCUGUGAAAAGUUGAAUCAGGUUUAUUAUCCAGUAUGUUCUCACACCAAAGCAAAUUCCUUGUAUGUUUGAUGCAUGAAUAAUUAAGAUAAAAAUAUUUAAGUAAAGAGACAAAAGCAGAGAUAUAAAUGGAAUAAAAAAUUAUGAAUUAUACAUUUAGAAAAUACAUUUGUAGAGGUGGCACGGAGACUUGUCCAGGGUGUACCCCACCUCUUGCCCAUAGUCAGCUGGGAUAGCCUCCAGCUUGCCCGCGACCCUGCACAGGAUAAGCCGUUACAGAUAAUGGAUGAAUAUUAUGUGCAAUAAAACUUGUUCAGAUGGAUGGAUAAACAUAUUAGUUUGUGCAAUGGAUUAUUUCAGUGAAUAAGCUGUACACUGAGCCAGAAUGUACAAUAAAAGGUUACAGAAUGAA